CAGAAGAAGUGGGUGGUGUCUGUAAAACCCAAGAACAACAACAGACUCGUCCGCAGAUUUCUACAGAUCCAGACCGAGCACGGAUUGUGGUCCUCCAACUUCGGACAUGUCGGACACCAGGCCAGAGAGAAGCUCAAGUAUCGAGCUUCUAUUCCCGUAUUUCAGGAGAAUGUGGUUUACAAAAACAGGUGGCGCGAGCGCCCCAGUAUGCCACAGCUGCGCGAGCCUCCGUGGAAACCGCGCUACCGGAGUAUCGCCCUGCCAGUGUCGCUCGGAGCCACUUCUUAGACCGAACCUGAGUUUGGGUCAGAAGAAGUCCAUACUGAAAGAGUUAGUGGCUGUUGUCCUGAAAAAAGUGCUGAAAAAGGACCCCCAGGCUCUCUACAAUGAACCUAUAGAUGAAAUUUACACUUUGGACAAAUGUAAACUUUUCAUGAGACAACUGGCCAUGCAGCUGGACAGGGUCCUCCAGUACAACAGCAGAGUCAUUCUCAGCAGCGUGAAAGAAGGCAGUUAUAGUGACAAGGAAUGUCAACAGUUUGUUCUGGAGUGGGCUGCAGAGCUGAGUACCCUGGAUGAUAAACACCUGAGACAGACAGCAGUAGAAGGUUCUUACAGAGACCCACCAAGAGAGAGGAAUCCUGAAGAACAGAGGGAGGACACAGACCUUAGGAGUCAAAUGCAGGAUCAUAAGCUGCAGAAGGCACAAAACAUCCUUCUCAAAUGGACCACAUCAAAGGACCCUGUGCAUCUACCAGAAGAUGUGUGUUCAAUUCUCCAGGACCUGGAGAGACAGUGGAAGAGGGGGAAGCUCUCCAGCACACUGCCAGUCAUGGACUUCAUCAUGUGGGCUGUCAUUCAGGAGCAAUCUGAGGAGGGCUCUGCUGCUGAGAGAUGGCUCAGAACCAGGCAGAGGUUUAGAACUUCAGCUUCACUGAAGUACAUUCCAGAUUUCACAUGGAACUGGAUUGUGGAAGCACAAGCUAAGGUCACACUUGAUCAAAAGACAGCAAAUCCUGAUCUCAUUCUGAGUGAAGACAGAAAAAGUGUGAAAAUGGACACCAUCAUAGAGAGCAGAGACAAACACAGAGAUGGUUUCUGCAAAGUGCGUCAUCAGUAUGAUGGGUGGUGCUGUGUACAGGGAACAGAGGGAUUCACCACAGGGAGACAUUACUGGGAGGUAGAUGUUAAGAGAAAGAGAGACUGGAGAAUAGGAGUGGUGAAGGAAUCUGCCCCACGGAGAGGCUUUGUGAGUCUGAACACGCAGUCUGGAUACUGGACCUUGCGACUCCAACUUGGGGAGUUAAUCGCCCUGACAGUUCCUCUCACUAAAUUCCCAGAGGUGGUCAUUCCUUCCAAGGUGGGGGUCUAUCUGGAUGUGGAGGAGGGUCAACUUUCCUUUUAUGAUGCAGAGAGAAGGAGCCACAUCUACACUUUCAAUGACACCUUCACUGAGAAGGUUUAUCCAGUAUUUGGUACCAUAGAAACAGACAAGUACCUUGUGAUCCUGUAGGACAUUUAUAAUCUGUGAUUUCUUCUUCUUCAAAAAAAACUAUAUAAAAAAUAAGCCAAAAAUGGUGUAAUACAAUUCCUUAUACAGUAUAUAUAUAUAUAUAUAUAUAUAUGUAAAUGGUUAAAUGCAAGAGGGGGUGUGG